AUGAAUGCCGUCAUUCGAAGCGUCGGCAAGGCUGAGAAGGCCUUGCCCAGACGCUUGAUAGCCCCAGCGUACUGGAGGCUUGCACAGGGGCGCAUCGCGGAGACGCUCCCUGCGCAGACGCUCGGCGCAACCCAGACGCACCUACGGUCGCAAUUCCUCCCAAGCCAAAUCGGGGUCUUUGGGGCCAGGCUGAUUCACACCACCCAAAGGCUACAAGACAAGUCGCGCGCCAAAGCCGACGUCAAGGCCAAGGACCCAAAGGUAGCCCAACAGGAACCCAACGCCAAGGAGGAGGCCAAGGAAGACGCGAAGGAAGAUGCGAAGGAAGGCGAUGCGAAGGAAGACGGCCAAGAUGGCAAGGAUGGCAAGGAUGGCAGAGAAAAGGAAGCCAACGCGCCACCACCACCCCAUGGCGAUAAGACUCCCUGGCAAGUAUUCAUGGAAACCAUGAACACUGAGUUUGAGGCUUCAAAAGAGUGGAACGAAUCAACUAAGCAGAUUGGCGCCGCCGCCCAUCAAUUCAGCGAGAGCGACGCUGUCCGCCGAACCCGCGAAGCCUACGAAAAGUCAACCGGUGCUGUCUCGUCCUCCGCAGCCACUGCAAUCAAAUCGACAGCCGGGGCAAUUGGCAAGGGUGCCGCCUGGACUUGGGAGACCCCGGUCAUGAAGGGCGUCCGCAAAGCCGCCAACGUCACCACCGACGCUAUGGACAAGGCCACCAAACCUAUCCGUGACACCGAGGCCUACAAGAACGUGAAAAAUGUUAUUGACGAUGGCAGCUCCUCGCGGUACGGCGGAUGGGUGGAAAAGGAGGAGCGCCGCCGCCGGAGAGAGCUCCGCGUUAAGGAGCAGCCCCAACAUGUCCUCCAAGAGGAUCCCGAGGCUGGUACAAACGUCACUCUGCACAAGGACGCCGCCUGGAAGGAGGCCUGGCGCGAUUUCCGCGACCAGAACACUUUCGUCCAGGGCCUAUUUAGCAUGAAAGGCAAAUAUGAAGAGUCCGAGAACCCCCUGGUUUCGACCGCCCGCAGUAUCACCGACCGCAUUGGUGGCUGGUUUGCCGAAAAUGAGACAGCCAUGGUUGUCAAGAAGUUCCGUGAAAUGGACCCCAGUUUCCAAAACGAGGCCUUCCUCCAGGAGCUGCGCGAAUAUAUUCUACCGGAGGUGCUCGACGCCUAUGUCAAGGGCGACACUGAGACGCUCAAGUUGUGGCUCUCGGCGGCUCAGUACUCGGUUUACGAGGCGCUAACCAAGCAAUAUCUACAGGCUGGCAUGAAGUCGGACGGCCGGAUUCUCGACAUUCGCAACGUCGAUAUUCUGCGCGCCCGCAUGCUCGACCCCGGCGAGGUGCCCGUCUUUAUUAUUACCUGCCGAACCCAAGAGGUUCAUGUGUACCGCAAUGCCAAGACCAACAAGCUGGCGGCGGGCAUGGAGGACAAGGUACAGCUGGUCACCUAUGCUAUUGGUGUCACGCGUGUCCCCGAAGAUGUCAACAACCCUGAAACGAGAGGCUGGCGUCUCAUUGAGAUGCAGAAGAGCGGGCGAGACUGGUACUAG